GACCCGAUACCUUUUCAUGUCUAUUCAGGAAUCGAACCCCGGACCACCUUGUUGAAAACGUCCUUAGAUGACCUUAGCUGUUGAUAGGAUGUUAAACCCGGUACAACCAACUUUGCUGAAAGGCAGACGAAGUUUGUUUGGGAACAAGAUGGGUGAGGUCUUUCAGGUAAGAAAAUGAAAAGAAUCAAGUAAGUGUCCAAGAUGACGAACGACAGGAUUUUCGAAGCUGCCAAGCAAGGGGAUCUGACUUAUCUACAAUCGGUAAUUUCAAGCUUUGACGAGAACACUUGCGAUGAAAACGGAGCCAAUUGUUUACAUUACGCUGCAAGGGGAGGACGUCUUGAUGUAGUUGAAUAUUUAAUUAAGAAACGUAACUUCAGUGCAAAGAAAAGAACAAGAGUUGGAGCGACUGCCGCUCAUGAUGCCUCUGCAACAGGUAAAACAGCAGUACUACAAUGGUUGUUGAAACAGACUACCUGUGUGGUGAAUGAUCAGGAUGGCACAGGUGCAACAGUCACUCACCUUGCUGCAAGGUAUGGUCAUGGAAGGCUUAUUGAAUGGCUUAUGGAUGAAACUGAUGCUGAUGUGAUGAUGAAGUCUGCGAGUGGGGCUCUACCAAUUCAUUUUGCUGUGUCCGGAGGCAACCCAGAUGUUGUAAAUAUAAUCGUCAAGGAAACACCAAGAACAGUCAAUCUACAGAUGGUGAAUGGAGUGACUCCUGUGUACCUUGCCAGUCAGGAGGGACACCUCAAUAUUCUCAAACUUUUGGUACAGAAGGGAGGCUCCAUAAAGAUGAAGUCAUUUGAUGGAAUGUCCUGUCUUCAUGCAGCCACACAACUUGGCAGGAUGGACUGUGUCAAAUGGCUGAUAGAAGAUCAGAAACACAACCCUAAUGAUAGGGAUUUUGAUGGUGCCACUCCUCUCCAUUUCGCUGCCAGUAGAGGUCACUACAAGGUCAUUGAUUGGCUUAUGAAGGAAGGUGGGGCCAAGGUCACACUAGACAACCUCGGAGGAAGUCCUCUACAUAACGCUGCAGAACUUGGUCAAUUAAAGUGUGUCCAGACCUUACUAGCCAAUGGUUGUAGUGCUGAUAUCACAGACAACAGCGGACUGACAGCUGCAGACCUCGCUGACAAGUGCUAUCACACCACAUGUGCUAAAGAGAUUAAGGCUCAGAUUCUUGAGAAUGAGACUGGUAUUGUAGAGUUAGAACGAUUCAACUCCUCCCCAUCACAUUCACCCUUGCCCUCAACUGACCCACUUGACCCUGCGACCUUCAGUUUAGCGCUGCCCGACUCCGACUUCUCAGGGGUAGCCAGGAACACAGCCACCCAUAGGAAGACAGAGUCACUAGAGGUUUUCUUUGAUGCUGAGAGUGACGAUGAUUAUGUGUCCUCGGUAGACUUCCCACACCACCCUGAUAUUCGCUUUCAGUCAGAGGAAACCGGUGAAUGUGAGUCCAGUGUAACCUUGUCGGUAAAGUCACACGAGUCCAGUGAGAGUGAAUCUUUGUUACGUCGUCAACUUUCGCAGCCUGACCUUGAGUUAUCUCCUCCUCACAAUUUGCCCUCCAGUGAAGCUCUGUGUCAGAAGUCGGACAGUGACGUUUCCUCACUGCCGCCUCGUCAUCGGUCAGCUAGUGAGUAUUCCUGGAAUUCAAACAGUGACCUAUCAUCGCUACGACGACACGGAUCAGGUAGUGAUGUGUCAUCUAUUGCUAGUUCUCUGAGCUCUGUGUCCCAGUCAGCAUCUCAUGUGUCUCAGUCAGCGUCUCAGCCAGAGGAUUCUGUGAUAUCUGUGUCUGGAUCAUCACUUCGAUCUCCGUCUCUAGGGAGCUUCCCUGUAACUCAUCAAGAGGAACUCUUUAAAGCCAUUAGAGCAAGAAGGAUGGAAACGGAAGUGAAUUUGUCGAGUGAGGAUAUUGUGAUUCGAGAGAAGACUGUAAAUGGAGAGUCAAAUGGUGCAAGGGAAAGUUACGAAUCUCAUCGUCUAUCAGACAGUGGUUUGGAGAGCGGGGCCGGGUCAGUAUUACCUACAGAGACCGACACACAAGUGUCAUCCACAGGAAAACCAGUAUAUCUUCCCACAGCUGAUUCCAACACCGCACCCAUACCCCCUCCCCCUCCCCCACCACUGCCAGCUUCAGCUCCACCUGUAAUUAAUAACCACACCCUCCUCAAUGGGAUCCUACAACGGCUUGAAAGACCAAACAGUCUGUCAAUGGAAAAGUCUGCACAGUCAUCGACCGUGUCAAGUCCGCCUAGCUCCGUGACAAGUCCCAUUAUAGCUGGACCAGUCAAGCAUGACCUCAUAGCUGAGCUUAAAAUAGCUGCAGCCAGUGGGAACUCUAACCUACGGAAAACCCGUAAACCACGAGAGGAAGGUCACAUGACCUGUAUAUAUUCAUUCGGAUCAAAUGAGAAAGUGAAUAGUCAAAUUCCCAAUGGCCCAAAAGCUCUUGGUCAGUCCAGCGAGAGAAGUCAGGUGACCAGAAAUGGACAACAUGUCACUGACAAUGUGACGAGUGUGUCGCUGUCAAAUGGCCAAGUUGAAGCUAAGAAGCCACAGCCCCUACAAGAAAAAUCCAUGGUGAUUAUCGAAUCAAAAACAUCAUCAAAAAGUGUUACUCCUCCUCCUCCUACUCCUCCUCCUCAAAAUCCAUCAAAAGCGAACGUCCCACCGAAGACAUCUAAUGGGGUCGCUGCUUCAAAGACAUCUAAUGGGGUCGCUGCUUCAAAAACAUCAAACGGGACUGCAGAUCAAGAACCUACAAAAGGGGCAGACAACUCUAUAGCGACGGACCCAUUUGAUCCAAAGAAUUUUCUGGACAAAGUGGAUCCCAAAGUGCCAGACUGGAGGAGACACAUGCUAGCCAGGAAGAUGGCCGAGUCUGCCAAGAAGCAGGCAGAGGAACAGACGAAGAUAGAGAAGGAGGAGAACAAGUAUAAACACCUGCCUGCAUGGAAGCGUCAGCUGAUGGAGAAAAAGGAGGCUGACGCUAAGGUUGAAGAGGCUAAAAAACUGGAGCUACAGGCAAGCCAGGCCAAGAAAACAACAAAGUCCAUCGUAAACACCACUCCCGCUGGCAAACUGGCACCAUGGCAACUCGAGAUAAAGACAAAAAAGUCGUAACAAAACCGUGGUUUCUGUAGUAAAAAUGAACACAACUUUACUGAUACUAUUCUUGUACAAGUUAAGCAUGUUGUGUAAUGAAAACAGACUCAUUUAUACCAGACUAUCCCAAAAUGCCCUAAGGUGUUCCUGCAAAGUUAGAAUCUAGCUGGAGAGGAAUAUACAGACGAUGUAAGCUUCCAAUGUACACAGAUAAAUUGUGUGCUGUAAAUAAUCAUCGCCUGCUACAUUACAUUAUUCUUCUGACUGGUUACUUAUUCAGCAUGAUCACUUCCCAGGAAUCGCCUCCAUAGACAUUGAUGACAUUCUGACUUUUCAUUCUUGUUGUGUCAUGUUGCUUGAGUUUAAAAAGGAAUCAGGUCAAGAGACAUUUAUUACAUUCCAUCAUUUCAUUUAUUUCCGCUACAUGGUGUGUCAUAUUGCUCGAGUCUAUAAAUGGAUAAUGUGUAAUUUUAAAUGCAAUAUAGAGAAUGUGAUUGAUGAUAUGAAAUAUGCUCAAAAAUACUUGACAGUAUGAAGGUGACCAGAGCCCCAAUGCCCUUGUGACUAUUCAGAAUUGUGGCAAGGGAGGCAUUGUAAGUUGGUUUUCAGCUCUAUGCUAAGUAUCCAAUGCAGUCUUAGUUUCUGGAUCGACAGUUGAUUUUGAGAGUAAAUAUUUCUUAAAAAGGGCUUGAAUUUUCAAAACUAAAGUCUAGUUGCGUGAAGAAGUGUGAUUGGGUGAAACUGUCUUUACUUGUUGUGGGGGCCCAGUGUAUUGAAACUUACAAAACUUGACAUGUAAAGAUUUGAAAGUAUUUUUUUAGGCUAAAAAAUUGUCAAUUGAAAUUAAACUUAUAAUCUUAAUCUCUUCUAAUUAUAGUUUAUAAGUUGUCUUGAUCUAGACUUCAGUCAUUGCUAAAGAUUUCCAGAUGACUGACUAUUGAUGUAAAGAUGAUUGAGAUAAGAUUCUGGUGUCAUAUUUUAUGUUUCUCUCCACAACUUGAACAACUGUUCCUGUAACAGUUUGUCAACAUCAUGGAUUACAAAUGUGAUAUUUUUCCUUCUGAAUACAUUAUUCCCAAAACAUGAUGUGAUCAACUCUAACUAUUCAGAAAAGUUCUAUUUUAAUUUACCAAUCAAACAAUCUCUUACAAAUACCUAGCCUGAGAGCCAAUAAAGUUGCUUUUAAUAAUUCCUUACCUGAAAGCUGUACAUAAUUUAGGCAUUUGGGCCUCAUUUAAAGUGCAUAUAACUUUGUAUACUGUAUUGUUUUAAUUUUUCUGUGCAAUAUAAGAUGAAUAUUUUUAAGUAAUACAAUUUUAAGGUAUCUGUUUAAUAUAUUAUUAGAUUUUUGUUUGGACAAUCUUUUCCAGUGUUUUUUUGUUGUGCUAUAAUAUUGUUUUAUCUCACUGUCAGUUGAAGUAUUAAUUUAACGUUUUGGAUGAUCAGGGAGUGCUGUAUAAAUGCAUUCUCUCUCUCCUCUAGAGCUUGCAUUGAGAGCUGACAGCCUUUAUAUGAAUCGGAUAUGGUUUCCGAUGACAUACAAACUUUAUAACAAUGGUCACAAUUUUAUGUGGUAUAUCAUGACAGGCAGUCUCUCAAGACAAAUAUGGCCUUUCAUGGCAGAUCUCAUAAAACUGAUGGUCUCUCAUGGCAGAUCUCUUAAAACAGAUGCUCUCUCAUGGCAGAUCUCUUAAAACUGAUGGUCUCUCAUGGCGGAUCUCUUAAAACAGAUGGUCUCUAAUGGCAGAUCUCUUAAGACAAAUGGCCUCUCAUGGCAGAUCUCUUAAAACAAAUGGUCUCUCAUGGCAGAUCUCUUAACACUGUUGGUCUCUCAUGGCAGAUCUCUUGAAACAGAUGGUCUCUCAUGGCAGGUCUCUUAAAACAGAUGGUCUCUCAUGGAAGAUCUCUUAAAACAGAUGGUCUCUCAUGGCAGGUCUCUUAAAACAGAUGGUCUCUCAUGGCAGAUCUCUUAAGACAAAUGGUCUCUCAUGGCAGAUCUCUU